AUAGACAUGAUGCCAUUCGAGAUGCUCUUAGCGUUGUGUCUCUGCAAAUGGCAACCCUUUUCUCUUUCACUACCAACUGACCCGACUAAUUGCAGAGCAAAUUCAAGUAAAACAAUGUCGACCAAAGGGGGCAGUGGAGUCAUCUACACGAACGACACCACAGAAAAAAGACCGAUUUGGAUGGAAAAUCCAUUCUCCCUGAAAAUCGGCCAAGUGUUCACAGGCUUCGGCGUCGGUUGUGGCGUUGGCAUUGGCGUCGGCCGCCCUUUAAAUUUAGGUGCAAUACCAGUUCUGAGUGAAGUUAUGAUUGCUGCUAGAGGUGCAACUGAUGCGUUUUCUGGUGUGCAUCGACAUGUGAACAGCUCUUUGAGAAAAGUGGGGGCAAAGCAUAUAGAAGCAGGCAUUGGAUGUGGAGUGGGGUUUGGCCAUGGAUUUGGAGUUGAUAUAGCUAAGAUAUGCAAUUACGUGACAGGUCUUGCUGUGAAGCCUGCCGUGCUUCGUCAAAUUCAAUCGAAAUUUUCACAAUUGGUAGCACAGACAAUGGAAAAACUUGGAAUAGGUUCAAAUUCCACUUUGUCUAUUCAACAAGCCAACCUACCGAAAUCCUUACAAAAGGACACAAGCACGGCUAGGACACAAUCACAUGAAAAUCGUGCUGAAGGUGAAAGUAUUAGUCCAUUGGUGAAAACCUCAGAGUUAAACCCACAGCAUAGCAGUAGAACAGAAAAUGUAAUCAACAAUUUUCUGCACAAUCCACUUCUCCAAGAGAAAAGGGACUCACUUCAUGAACAAGCUGGGACACUGCAGUCGGAAAAUAAUGUGCUUCAAAUGGUACCGUGAAAAUUACUUCACUCGUAUUAAAGUUUUGCUCACCGAAGUGGAAUAACACUAAAUAUACCAGUGGAUGUUCUGAAGAUUUUAUGUUGAUUUAUUGGUGUUGAAACACCAGAUACUAAUCGAGGAGUUGAUCCAAGAAAAUGAGAAGCUUCGCGGAAUAUUGGUGGAAGAGUUAAAAGUACAACCUAGCAAAUUCGAGUCUAACUUCACGAGUAGUAAUAGUAGUAAGUCCUUAUGUACCGACUGUUUUGAAUGCCGUAGAAAACAAAGGAAGAGGUGAAAGUUCGAAUCAUCUUCAGUUGAUCUCGAAAUAUAAAAGCGUGUUUGUUCUAACUUCAUGUCAAAAUUGAAUGUGGGGGCAAAUUUUGUUUGAUCUUUGUUAUUUAUUUUCUAUUAUUUUCCCAGCAAAAUAGAAAUAGAAUAGGCAACAAAAAAAGAGUAACAGAGUUCAUGGACAUAUGUAUCACUACUUCACUUGAAUGGCAUAUAUUGAGUAUUGAGAACCAACGUUCAAAUUUUUUUAUUGGUUGAAGUGAUUAA